AUGGAUCGGUUCAAGCAGAUCGAUGCUAGCAACUCGUCCAUCGGUGCCCUGCUCCUUCAAGAUGAAGAGGUGGUCAGCUUGCAAGAUAGCAUCGGUCUCUACGACGGCAAGGAGAAGACAUUACAUCAAAAUAAUGGCACUGUAUAUCUCACGUCUCAUCGUCUGCUUUAUGUUGAUGACCUCGAACCGCAUCGAUACUCGUGCAGCUUGGACCUCUCGCUCGUCAAACAGAGCGAGUACUACGCAGGCUUUCUCAAAAGCAGUCCCAAGAUCACUCUCACUCUUGCCAAACCUGAUAAUGGUGCAGAAGCGACGACAGACAACCUCAAUCUUCAACAGCAACAGCAGCAAGCGCGCUCAGCUGGUACCUCUUUGCAGACGAACUCGGCUCCUUUGAGCAAGACUCCCAGCAGGGAUUGGAGAGCAAAUGCCCCUGCUGCAGACUCGACGCCUUUAGACGCCUCAGGUUACAACUGGAUCUGUGCCAUUUGUGGCUUCAGUAACGCAUCUACUCGGUCAGUAUGCGAGCUGUGCGGAGUCACAAAGGAGCCUGCUCGAUCCACACCUAAACGCAACCUUCAUCCAAGUCAGCUUCGCGAGGCAGCAAGACUAGAUCCCUUCUCAAGCCCAGCAAAGCCAGACUCAAUAUCUAAGCCUCAAGAUAACGCCGCUUUCACCCCAACUAAGAAGAAAGACGAUGGCAUCGCCUGCGAUGUGUGUACCUUCCUCAACCAUCCCUCCAUGACCAAAUGUGAGAUGUGCAGCUCUCAUCUCGGUAGCUCCUGGCAACAAGAGCAGGCUACUGCUUUGGCGUCCGCAACUUCGCUCACAGCUCCAAGCACGCCCAUACGCAAGAGCAUCGAAGCAGAUGCUAUGUCCCUUCGUGCCAGUACCGCACCCAGUAGAGCAUCCACGCCAUCGUCGGCUGUGUUGUCAUCGUCAAAUGACUUCGUCAAGCUUAGCUUCCGCAAGGGUGGGGACAAGGCUUUCUACAGUGUGCUCAAGGCUACUCUUCGAGCCAAAGCUUGGGUCAGCAACAUGCCAGGCAUAGGCGCAGGUGGAUCGAAAAAUUCUGAGGCGGACAGCGCUCGAGCUACGCGCGUCGCAGCUGGCAUGGUCGAUCUGGACGGUAGGUCUGCCGCGCUCAAGAGAGUCGGCAUCGACGGUAUCCUUUCCUCGGUUGAUUCUACAAGUCGCACACAGAACGACGACAUGCAAGGCGCACUCAAAGAUCUCGAAGCUCUCAUGCGCAAAGCAAAACAGAUGGUCGAGUUUGCUGAAUCGCUCAAUGCAAAGCUCACCAAACAGGAACAAGCCGCAGCCGCAGCCCGCGAGGCUGGUAUGCCAGAUACCGCACCUCAGCCCGAUCAGCAGGCUGCCACUCUCAUUCGCUCUUCGCUCGUUCAACUCGGUUUACCUGCGCCUGCCGUUACAGAGGACAUGGCACGCGAUCAGGAAGAGUACCAUCGUCAACUUGCGCACGAGCUAGCUGGCCUAUUGCUUGGAAACCCUUCCGGAGGUCGAAGGUCUGGUUUGAUGGGCACAGGUAAGAUAGCGGCUCCGGGAAAAUCGAGCGAGUUACUGCCUCGCGUCUCUGAUGACAAUUUGCAAGGUCGAGGGCUGGUCGGCCUCGACGAGGUGUGGUGCGUGUGGAACAGAGCGCGUGGUGUUGCCUUGGUACCACCGCAAGCUUUACGCUCAGCCGCCACUUUCCUUCCGGAUAUGACGUCGCCUUCCAUCCACAUGAAGACGUUCAGAUCGGGCCUCUCGGUGCUGCACACACCCAGGUACAGCGACAAUGCAUUUACCUCGCGCAUCCUGCACUAUCUGGACACGCUUGAAUGGGAGCACAAGAUGAAACGCAUCGAGCAGGCACAGUCGCUUCGCAUCUCUGAGCCUGGGUCCAUCUCGGCGGCAAGCGAUCAAACAGCAUCGACGGAAGAGGCGAGCUAUGGCGACAAUCUAUCACCUUGGGGUGCCGGAGCAUCAAUACUCGAGAUUGCUGAAAAGGAGGACGUGCCAAUAUUGCUCAUCAACGAGAUGAUGGAUAUGAUUGAGAGCAAGACGGGCAUGGUGGUGCGCGACGACGGUGGGCCCAAUGGUACCAGAUGGUUUGUCAAUCACUUUUCCAGAGCCUAG